GGCUGAGUAAGAGAACCAUGGUUGUCAGCCUACGGUAUAGUGUCUUGUAGCACCCACAAUCAAUCCCGACCUUGUUUCUCUCGCUGGCUACCGGUACUGUAGCCAUCAAGAUGGAGAUUCUUCGGCUCCUGUCUUCGUCCCUUUUGCUACUACUAGGAUUGAACUUGAAUUCAGUUGGAGCGUUUGUUCCACAUCCAACGAAUCAUCGAGGACAGCUUGGCGCUGUGGAGGCAACGCCUGUAGAGGAAGAUGGUGAUCCCAACAGUGUUUCGAGGCGACAGGCCGCAGAGCUGACGUUUGCGGCUGUUGGAUUGGGAAUCUCGUUUCUUGGUACCAGAGAAGUCGAUCCUCAAGACUAUGGACUGUGGGGAAUUCUUCCCGUUGGAACCUACAAAAAGAAAAAGACGAUUCGAGAGACGAUUGUACCCGGAAAACUAUGGACAUUCGACCAAAAAUUUGGUAUUCUGGAUGUACAGGUUCCCCUGCGCAUGACCAUUGUCAAGCUAUCGGAUGGAGGCCUCUUUGUCUAUGAUCCCAUUGCGGCUACUGCUGAAUGUCUGGAAUUGGUGAAUGAAAUUGUAAAGGAACACGGUCCAAUCCGUCACAUCGUCUUGGGGUCAGUGGCAUUGGAACACAAAGCUUAUUCGGGCGUCUUUGCACAAAAGUUCCCGGAGGCUACCAUUUGGCUGCAAAAGGGUCAAUACUCCUUUCCAAGCAAUCUGCCAGACUCCUUUUUGGGUUUCCCUGUCGGUCGGACCAAAUCUAUGCCAUCUAGUCCCGAAGAAGCACCACCCGAGUGGAACAAAGACUUUGAUUUCCUUUCACUGGGACCAUUCAUUAGUCGCGAUGGAGCUUUUGGGGAGACUGUUUUCUUUCACAGAGACACGAAAACGCUUUUGGUGACAGACACUACGGUCGAGGUCAAUGAAGAAGUGCCUCCAAUCUACGACGCUGAUCCAGCCCCACUGAUCUAUCAUGCACGCGAUACGGUUACAGAUAAUGUGCCAGAUACUCCCGAAGUGCGCAAGAAAGGAUGGCGCAGAAUUGUCCUGUUUGCCCUCUACUUCAACCCGGCGGGGAUUAUGGUGAAGGAUGUAGAUGUUGCUCUCAAGGAGCGUCGACCCGAUAUCAACAGCGACUUUCUUGGGAUCUAUCCUUGGGACUGGGUUGGCGAUGACAUUGCAAGUUUCAAAGCCAUCAGUGGCGGUCCGCUUGUGGCGCCCAUUCUUCAGAGCUUGCUUUUGAAUCGUUUCCCCGUAGAGUCGCUGGAUUUCGCAGAAAAGGUCUCCAAGUGGCCGUUUGAAAGAAUCAUUCCUGCUCACCUGAAAAACAAUCUAAAGUAUACGGGAAAGGACUAUCUAAACUCGUUCAAGUUCCUGACCACAAGCGGAGUGCCAGCAGGAUACCCAAAACCGGUAGAAGCAGAUUUCAAGCUUCUGAGAGAUGCAGAAGUCGGUCUGGUGGAGAGCGGUGCUAUUGCAGAAGCACCACCCUUGGUGGGAGGGGAAUAUUCCCGUGAAGAAAUCAUUGCCCGCACUUUGUAUCGAUGUCGAGACGGAAUCUGCGCUCCGAAAGCGCCCCUGUAGCAGCAGUUUGGGAUUGGCUCGAUUGAGAUUGAUUCAGUUUCCAUUCUCAUCAUCUCUGCCAGCAACAAAGAGUCUUGCGGAAACCAUGAGCAAUGGAGGAGCCUAGCUAUACAUGUAGUAGACAACCAACACCAUGACCUUGUCAAUUGCUUCUCUUUGGAACGUUGAUAAAGUGAGAGUUGAGUAGUACUGGUACUCUUGCAUAGUCUGACCGGCACUGGUGUUACGAUACCAGCACUAGCCAGCUGGUACUGGUAGCUAGCAGCCCAAGAGAAUCGAAUCCUGCCUUUCAAGCAUACAGCAUAAGGAGCCAUUGACUCGGAUUGCAGCUGAAACUAAUGCGAUGGUUACGCCUGCAACCAGCCGCUUCCUUAACUUUGAAGACUUGAGCAGGUUGGGAUGAGGAAUUCUGCCUUCUUUUUCAGAUUGGCUGAACCCAUCUCUCUGCCCCAUGAAGAGCAGGGCUAUCAUGGUACCGAUACGACUACUGGCCCAAGCGAAGGAUUUCGCGAGCUGCUGUAGGACUGUAUCUAUCGAAAGGGGCGAAGGUCUUGGGUUGACCAAGGAUGGCUUGGGUGGUGGUAGUCACGUACCGGCGCCGCACGGAAGCCCAUGCAACCUACCGGUGCUAAAUGUAGUACUAGCAUCGGCACGGCAAGUGGCACAAGUUUCUUCAAGGUCAGUUGGCUUGCCCGAUUCGGUACCAGAUCUACAACCGCAUGAAACUACAUGUAGCAGCUCUAGCUAGCUGGUAGACGUAAGUAUCUAAAAAACCGUCCAUAUCUAAACUAAUAAAC